UUUCAGGGUUGCAGUCUUCAAAUCAUUGACGUUUGCAAUGUCCUCCUCAUCCAAGCCCAAUCUCCCAGUGACGAACGCCGUCAACGGCCCGCCGAAUGCGGAUCUCGUUCGCGAGCGCGGUGCCGCCUCGUUCCCCGUCCGCGACCUCACCUACCUGGUCUACGGCGGCCAGGAGCGGACCGAGCACCUCGAGCGGAUUGCGAACAUGGUCGCCAGCGAUCCCGUCUUCCGCAAGACCGACCGCUUCUUCUUGUCGCGCACAGAGCAGUACCGCAGGUCGCUCGAGAAGGUCCGCCAUUACAAGGAGCUCAUCGCCAAGCACAACCUGCACAGCGAGCUCGACCAGCAGGAUUUGCGCCAAGCCAUCGAUGAAGACUUGCCCAUCGGACUGCACGUCGGAAUGUUCAUCCCAACGAUUGUCGGACAGGGAACGGACGAACAGCAGAAAAAGUGGCUGCCACUCGCGCGCGCAUACAAGAUUAUCGGCACCUACGCGCAGACCGAGCUGGGGCACGGCAGCUUCAUCCGAGGCCUGGAGACGGUCGCAACCUACGACAAGUCGACGCAAGAGUUUGUCCUCAACAGCCCCACGCUGACUGCCACCAAGUGGUGGCCUGGCGCGCUCGGCAAGACCUCCACGCACUGCGUCGUGUUUGCUCGUCUUGUGAUUAGCGAUCGGGAGUGCGGCGUCCAUCCAUUCAUGGUGCAGCUGCGCAGCCUCGAGAACCACGAGCCGCUGAAGGGCAUCACGGUCGGCGACAUUGGCCCCAAGUUUGCCUACGAGACGAUGGACAAUGGAUUUUUGCGCUUUGAUCAUGUUCGCAUCCCGCGCGACCACAUGCUGAUGCGCUUUGCCCAGGUGGCCGCUGACGGCACCUACUCGACGCCUCCGCACUCCAAGGUCAGCUACGCCACGAUGGUGUUUAUGCGCGCCUACAUUAUCGGGACUGCGUCGUCCACGUUGGCCAAGGCCGUCACGAUUGCUGUGCGCUACAGCUGUGUGCGCAAGCAAUUCCCGCUGCGCUCUGGCGAGCCCGAGCAGCAAAUCCUCAACUACCAAAACCAGCAGGCGGCUCUCUUCCCGCUGCUCGCCACCGCGUAUGCCUUCCACUUUACGGGCAACUACAUUCGCCAAAUGUACUCGGACUUUGUGCGUGGCAUGCGCGCCCAAGACUUUAGCGUCCUGCCCGAGAUGCAUGCUACGAGUGCCGGCCUCAAGAGCUUGACGACCUGGAUUGCGAGCGCGGGCAUUGAGACGUGCCGCGCGAGCUGCGGCGGUCACGGCUACUCAAAGCUGAGUGGCCUGCCUUCGCUGUACGCCAACUACAUCCCUGCAUGCACGUACGAAGGUGACAACACUGUCAUGUGCUUCCAACUCGCACGCUACUUGCUCAAGUUGUACGGCAAGGCCCAGGCCAAGCCAGGCCUGCGACUCCCUGGCAACGUUUCCUACCUCGAAAAGUCUACUCUGUUGGACGAGCGCUGCGAUGCCUCUACCGAGGAGCUUUGGCUUGAUCCUGCGCGUCAGCUGCACGCGUAUCGCAACCGCGCACUUCGCCUGGUUGCAAACUGCGCCAAUCGCUUGGUCGCCGAGAUGCAGAAGGGCAAGGACGAGGUGCUCGCCGUCGAGGCCAUCAAGUCCGACAUGGUCAAGGUUGCCAAAGCACACUCGUACUAUGUGGUCUUGAACAACUUUGUGAACGCGAUUGAGCAGCUUCGGGCCAGCGGCACGAGCACCCCGAUCCUCCGCGUCCUCAAAACGCUCUGCGAUCUGUUUGCACUCCAUUUCAUCCAAGCCGACCUGGGCGACUUUUUGGAGUAUGGCUACCUCAGCUCGCUCCACACCGAACCUCUGCACGCACAAAUUCGUCGCCUGCUGGAGGCCAUUCGCCCUGAUGCUGUCGCCCUCGUCGACGCGUUUAACUUUACCGACCACGCGCUUGGCUCUGCCCUCGGUGUGCACAACGGCCGCGUCUACGAGACGCUGUUUGAGUGGGCCCAGCAAGAGCCCCUCAACAAGACCCAAGUCGCGCCGGGCUACCACGAGUACAUUAAGCCCUUCCUGCUUGCAAAGAUGUAAUUUCCUGUUUGUUGCAUGUUUUCUCUGUUUGUUUUCUGAAGGAGCGGGUUUUGUGACUUGAAGCUGAUGCACUGGCCUUAAAUUUCAAUACAUUCAUCCGGAAAAAAAAAC